CUUUCUGGGAAGCAGGAUUUAUGUCUCCGGGAAUGCGCGUGAAUUCAUCCAGAUUCACCGCCCACACGCGGGUGGAAGAGACCGACCGGAUCAGAUCGGUUCCGCCGCACAGCAAAAGUUACUGAAACUUCUCAAAACACUUUCAAACCCUUUCAGCCGGGCGUCGGGCGUCACGGUCCUUUUUCCAUCAGUCCUUGUUUAUUAUGGUAUGCUGAGAGUUUCUAGCCAUGCGUGUGGAGCUGAAUUUGCUGUGUGUGGCGUUAAUGUGCGUUUUCAAGCUGACGAGUUCAUGCUUGAUGAUCAGCGAGGUCAACUGUGACAAUCCCAAACUGGACACUCAGGAAUUUGUGGAGCUGUACUAUGAAGGUACAAAUCCUACUUCUCUGGAUGGAUACACACUUGUGUUCUACAACGGCAAAGGAGACUUUGCCUACCGGGUCAUCGACCUGACUGGACACUACACGGAUCAGCGAGGUUUCUUCGUAGUUGGCUCUUCCGAACUGACUCCCCGUCCCGCCAUCUCUUUUCCACCCAACUCCGUUCAGAACGGGCCUGACGCCAUCGCGCUCUACGGCCCCAACUGGGUGCCGGUUCCUGAAGGAGGAAACGUUUCAGGAGUGGGUUUGCUGGACGCCGUAGUGUACACUUCACGUAAAUCCGUAGAUGGCGCUGACGGCCUCGCGUCCGUGCUGACUCCCGGUUCGGUCCCGUACGUGGAGGAUGAAGCAGCUCUGGAGGGGGACGAGUCCAUUCAGCGCUGCUGGCAGUCCGAAAACCUGUGGACGUUCUACACCGGCCCGCCGACCCCCGCGUGGGUCAAUCACUGCCCGCCGCCGACCCCUGCAGGUAUUUGGAUCAAUGAAGUCGACCUUAGCGGGUCGGACUGGCGGGGUCACGUGGAGCUUAGCGUUGGCCAGGCAAACGGAUCAUUUUCUUUGGUGUUUUAUGAUGUUACUACGGAUCUGAUCAGCACGACUCUGGAGUUCAACGCAAAAGGGCCUGAAAUAUUCACCGUAUCUGUGAAUGCUGCAAGUUUAUCAGUGCCACAAAGUGCAGCACUGGCGUUGUAUAAAGGCCCGGCAUCUGCCUUCCCUAAGGACGGCCCCCUCAGCCACGAACAGCCAAUCGAUGCCUUUGUUUACAGUGACUCUACACACAAGCCCAGUGACAACCUCACAGAAACACUCGUCCCAGGGAGAAAACCUUUCAUACUCGCAGACAGUUUCCUCACAGCAGGUCUUCAUGUCAGUCGCUGUGGUGUUGCCGAAUGGACAAGAGAUCCAGGACUGUUUGUAGAAAGGCCUCGAAGUCCCGGAAAACCCAACGACUGCAUUUGGUUUCAGUCUUGUCCGCUUAACAUGACCUCUUUUUCAGUGUCAGGACGGAUCCAGCCCCCGAUUCAUAGCGACGUCGAUUUCCUGCUUAAUGAGAUCAACACUGACUCACCAGGAGGAGCUGAAGACGAGGAGUUUAUAGAGUUGUGGCAUCCGUCUGGCUUCCGUAUGUCGCUGGAUUUCAUCUGGCUGGUGAUGAUCAAUGGACAGACUGGAAUGGUGUACUAUGAGCUGGAGCUGAAUGGAUAUUACACGGAUAAUGACGGAUACUUCCUGAUUGGCAGUUCGAAGUUCGGUCCUGACAUUAGAAUCCCGCCGAACACUAUACAGAACGGGCCGGAUGCCAUAGUGUUGUAUCGCAGCAAGUCUCCGCCCUCUAAGGAGGGUCAGAAUAUUCCCAAAAGCGGUUUGCUGGACGUGGUGGUUUACCGCACUCGUGGGUCUGAUAAAAAGCUUUCGGAGCUAACGGAAGCGCUGACACCAGGACAGCUCCCUCUGCUGGAGGACAUCAGCGCGUUGCCCGAAGAUGAGACCCUCAGCCGAUGUGGAACCAAGAGAGUCAAUCUCAAUGCUUUCAGGGUCACUUCUCCCACACCAAGGAAGCAGAAUAACUGUCCUCCCAAACCCACCAUACCUCCGCCUCCUGAUAGUCUUGUCAUCAAUGAAUGGGGCGAGAUCUCCAGGGUAAACCAUUCACAGGGCACUUUAUUUUUGGAGCUGAGCGGCCCGCCGUCAACUCCAUUGAAUGGACUUGUUGUGGUGUUUUUUGGAGAAGACAAUAUGGAACUGAGUGUCCCGCUCACUGGCAGCACAGGAAGCGACGGAUUCUAUCUGGUCACCAAUGACUCUCGUGCAGAUCAGGGUUUGCCAGAGUUUACCAAGGAUGUGGGUGCAGUCAUGUUGUGUUUUGAGGCGUCAGGAUCAGGUUCUUGUGGGAAUGACUCACGUCGUCUGGACUGGCUAGUUUUUUCCGACGACCCAAAGUUUCAUCAAAUUAUCCACCACAACGAGACGUCCUUCGUAUUCACAUUCUUCGAUGUGGGUUCUUUAUCACGAUGUGCAUCAGACGGGCCACUUCUCUGGAUCAUAUCCCAGGCGACGCCACGCCUGCCGAACCGCUGCCCGAGUCCCGCUUUCUCCAGCUCUGUGGAUCUGUGCCUGCAGCCAGACAGCAACAAUUGGCAGAGCGGAUCAGGACAUUGUGGCCAGGAGGAGUUUGCUGUUUUAUUAGAGCAGUCGUGUGAGUGUGGGAUCUCAAGUUUGCAUGUUAAAGGUGUGAAUGUGUCUUGUAAGGCGGGUCGGUUGUACGCACAGGGGCCUGUUCUUGCUGUUUCUGGCGAACAGAGGGAUCAAAUCACUGAGACUAUUGAAAAGGACAACAAGCUAUUGUGUUCAGGUGAACAGGAGCGACAGGUUCAUGGAGCGGGGUCGUCGGUCGCGCUGCAGGUCGGGCUUGUGCUCGCGGCGCUCCUGCUGUUCGCUCUGGGAGCUGCACUGUUUGUCUACUUGUACAAAAAAAGGCGCCCUGCUGACUACCUCUCCAUGCAGCUGAGCGAACAGGCCGAGACGCCGCUCGAUCUCUAAUGUGUGUGUGCGUGAGCGUGCGUGCGAGUGUGAAUGAAUUUACGCAGGAUCAUGAGCACUUGAGUGGUUGUUUGUUUGUUUGUUUGUUUGUUUGUUUGUUUUAUAAAGAUGACUGUGUUUUACUAUAGAUGAAUGCAGGCUCACGGUUUUAUCAAAAUCACUGACUAUGCAAUGAAAAUAUUCUGUUUGAUCUCUUCAGCAUUUUAUCAAAUGUUCCAAAAAUCAUCAUGACUGCAGUUAUUUGCCAUACAGAGUCUUUCCUCCUUCAUGAGUCAUUCUGCAGGUGUUGUGUGUGUUUUAUGUUUACAGAUUGUCUUUUAUGCAUCUGCACAGUAUUAUCAGUUGUUCUCAGGGUCGUCAGAUCAGCGUUUGUGUGCAGUAAAGAGCAUCUGACCACAGACGCAUUUCAGUGCGUAGAACUAGUGUGCCAUUACGGUAAGACAGAGCAAAAAAAACAUGACCUUAAGUACAGUUUGCGCAAUUGAAUUUCCAUUCUCAGUUGUUUAGUGAUCUUUAUUGAACAGCCCGUUAUUUAGAUAUUAGAGUGUCUUUUGUCACCUAACUGUCGUUGUAGACCUGGCAGUGCUCGUGACACUGAACUUUAAGGACCAGUCAAGACAGUCAGCUCAGCAGUUUUCAAGACGUAGAACAGAAAGUCCCACACAGGAAAUAAAGGGUCGAGAAGACAAGGUAUAAUGCCGAUUGCUAUUUUUGUCAGAGUAGAAGUGUAGAAUAGCAAUUGUGUUCCAUUAUGUUCGUUUUUGAAGGGGCUUUUAUUUUUGUUUUUUUGCAGUUUUGCAUUUUCACUGGUUCCUCAUAUGGUUUUUAAUGUAAUUGAUUAUUGAUUUAGUCUUUCACCUUUGACUUUGAUCCGUCUUAUGUACAUUUGGCAGAGGAAAUGUUAUAAAAUGCAAUACAAUCACAAUAAAUGUUUCUUUUUUUGUUAA